AUUGCAUUGUGCUCAGAAUCGUAAUUUCUAAUAGAAAAUCUAUAAAUCUAUAAUUGAAGUGUUUGCGACUUUGUCUUUGCCUUUGUCUUUGCUUUGACAUCAACCGGAAAAAUGAAUUCUUGCAAUGUUUGCCAGGCGGAGACCAAGAACAAAUGCUCCAAUUGCAAUCAGGUCGCCUACUGUUCGGUGCAGCAUCAGAAGCAGGACUGGAAAUCGCACAAAUCCAACUGUCAUCCAUUUAGGGUAGCGCACAACGAACUGCUGGGUCGUCAUUUGGUGGCCACACGUAACAUCAAGCCCUAUGAAAUCGUCUUGAAGGAGGCGCCGCUGAUGCGUGGACCGGCGCAAAUUUCGGUGCCCGUUUGCAUGGGCUGCCUGAACUCCAUCGAGCCCAAUGAUCACAUCACCUGCGACAAGUGUGGCUGGCCAUUGUGCGGUCCGGAAUGCCAGGCGCUGGACGAGCACAAGGCCGAGUGCCAGCUGACAGAGGCACGUGGCCAGAAAGUCAAUGUGCAGGAGUUUAAUGGACCGCAUCCAUUGUACACCUGUGUUAGCACGGUCAGGUGUUUGCUUCUCAGCGAGACGAAUCCGGCGAAUGCUGAGAAAUUCCAACAAUUGGAGUCGUUGGAGCAGACACGGCGUGGCUCUAAUCAAUGGAAGGCGGAUCUGGCCAGCAUCGGACAGUUCAUACCCAAAUUCUUUCGCACUCAGAAAUUCAGCGAGGAGGAGAUCAUGCGCGCUGUGGGCGCCUUGCAGAUCAAUGGCCACGAGGUACCCACAUCGGAUCCGCCGCACGUGGCCGUCUUCUAUACGGCCUCCUUCACGGAAAACUCCUGUGUGCCCAAUCUCGCCAAGAGUUUCACCAAGAACGGCCACUGCAUCCUCUGGGCCCCAAAGGCCAUAAAAAAGGGCGCAAAUCUUAGCAUUUGCUACUCGGAUGCGGUGUGGGGCACAGCCGAUCGUCAGCGUCACCUGAUGCAGACGAAGCUCUUCAAGUGCACCUGCGAACGUUGCGUGGAUGUCACCGAGCUGGGCACCUACUAUAGCGCGCUCAAGUGCGAGGAUCGCAAGUGUACGGGUCUGCUGCUACCCAUCAAGGCGGAUGACUGGAAUGGCUGCUGGCGCUGCCGCGAAUGCCAGAAGCAAGUUCAGCGCAAAUAUGUGGAUGGGAUAUUGGAACGCGCCAUCAAGGAUAUUCAAAGUAUGGAAAAAACCGCAGAAAAUGGUUUCAAAUACUUGAAACACUAUGAGAAAUGGCUGCCCCCACAGCACUAUCAUCUCAGCGAGGUGAAAAUUCUGCAGGUGCAGCUCAUUGCCAAGGAUCAAAAGGAGCUAAUGGUGUUGCCCGAUGAGCAGCUGCAACUGAAACUAAAGUAUGCUAAGGAAUUGAUUGAGCUCUAUGAGAUCUUAGCGCCUUGUGAAGUGCGUAUGCUGGGCACCCUAUGCUUUGAGCUGCAUUCAGCAAUUGCUGAACACACGCGACGCGUAGCUCUCCAAUCGAAUCUUUCUCCCAAGGAAAUGUUGGAGGAAUCUUUGCUGUAUGUGGAGAAGUGUGUUAAUUAUUUGCAAUACGAAUCGGACAUAUUUGUGGAAGGUCACAUUUUAAAGCAGGCAAAAAUCAAUCGCGACGCUUUGCGCAUGGUCAUUAGAAUAUCUUAAUCACUCUUCCUUGACAUAUUUUAUUGAUAUUGUGAAAAAAGAAACCAAAUAGAC